AUGAUUUUAUUUUUGCAGGCACUCUGUUUCGUCUCCAUAUUCGCAGUAGCGUUGGCCCAAUAUGGCCACGGGUACGGCCAUGGUUACUCCUCCCAGCACUUUGUGAAGCAUGAUGGGCACCCCGAAGUCGUCCACGGUCAUCACGGGCAUCAUGACUAUCAUACUCAUCCAAAAUACGAGUUCGACUACAAAGUAGAAGACCAUCACACGGGAGACAUGAAGUCUCAACAUGAGCACCGUGAUGGAGACGUGGUAAAGGGCGUCUACUCUCUACACCAGCCUGAUGGUUCCGAAAGGACUGUCCACUACCACGGAGACCACCACACCGGUUUCCACGCUGAUGUGAAAUUCGGUACCCAUCACAUCGUCCCUCAUUAUCAUCAACAUUACUGA